GCUACUCGCAUUGCGUUCAAGGCUCUUGGCCGCAACAGGGGUGUUGGCUAUGACCUGAUCCCAGCAGAGCUUUCCCAGGCAGGUGGCGAUGCGCUCGCCUGCAAGUUUGCGACUGUCAACCUGCGCGUGCUGCAGAACGGCUCACGGCCGAAGCAGUGGCGAG